GCCGUGGCCGUCACAAGUGCAUGAUCGUGUAGUACAUGCCGCGUAGCGCUCGCGCCCGUCUCGACCUAAACUUAGUGGUAGCGCACAAGACCACUGUGCGGCUCGGUGGCAUUAGUCGGUCUCCUUUUUGUAUGCACCUCGGCCAACGAAGAAACAGAGGCGGUA